AUGUCCAAGGCAUUUGUUCAGAAGCCCGCCCCGGCCUUCACGGCCACCACCGUCCUUGAGCACGGCGAGUUCAAGGAGGUCUCCCUGGCCGACUUCAAGGGUCAAUGGGUCGUCCUCCUGUUCUACCCCAUGGACUUCACCUUCGUCUGCCCCACUGAGAUCCUCGCCUUCAACGACGCCCUCCCCAAGUUCGAGAAGCUCAACACCACCGUCCUGGGUGUCUCUACCGACAGCCACUUCACCCACCUGGCUUGGCGCGAGCGCCCCCGCAAGCAGGGUGGUCUCGGUGAGGACCUGAAGCUGCCCCUGGUUGCCGACAAGAACUUCAAGAUCGCCCGCGACUACGGCGUCCUGAUCGAGGAGGAGGGUAUCGCCCUGCGCGGUCUCUUCAUCAUCGACCCCAAGGGCACCCUGCGCCAGAUCACCGUCAACGACCUGCCCGUCGGCCGCAACGUCGACGAGACCCUCCGUCUCGUCGAGGCCUUCCAGUUCACCGACGAGCACGGCGAGGUCUGCCCCGCCGGCUGGCAGUCCGGCGGCGAGACCAUGAAGGCUGACCCCAAGGGCAGCCUCGAGUACUUCGGAAAGCAGGGUGGUCAAUAA